AUGGCCCCCAACACAGCCCCAAACCCGGAUAAAACCAAGAAGAGACCCAAGGUCAGAGGCUGCUAUCAAUGCUCUCGUCGUCGCAUCGACUGUGAUCGCCAAGAACCAGAGUGCGUGAAAUGUAUCACCAAAGGUGUCAAAUGCAGUGGCCUCGGCCUACGAUAUCGCUUCAAUGAUGGUAUUGCUGCACGAGGAAAGUUUGUCGGCAAGACUUUUCCAGUCGUUGAUAUACCAGUCACCACCAAGUCACCAGAUCAGAAACAAGCCAUAACUACAAUCACCAAACAUCAAAGAGAUGAUCCGUUCAGAGAGAGCGGCUACGAAAAGGUCAACCAUGGUUCACUUCAGACAAAUGAGAUAGUGGAGGAUAUCACUCAGACCAAAGAUCUGGUCGUGUCAAAUCAUAACCCACCAUCUAUUGACUGGGGAUUGGAUCACAUUGAUUCAAAGUCUAGGUUCUGUCUCGGAUAUUUCUCCAACAACAUAGCUCAUUUAAUCGCAGUCAUCAAUAUGGGCUUCAACGGCUACCGAGAUCUCAUCCUUCCAAAAGCAGAGACAGACCCUCUCGUGCGAAAGGCGGUUCUUCUCGUCGUUGAACAACAUCUCUCUUUACAAAACGGUACCUCGAUAUCACUCGAACCUGCUGCGUAUAGUAGUCUUGUUCGAGAGCUUAUCUCACGGUCUCAUCAAUGCGCUCCUCAAGAUGACGAUUCAGCUCUGACGGCGUUGCUUUUACUGCACAUUCGCGAGAUGAUCAGUGGCAGCGACAACUUUAGGUUCAUUUAUGGAUCUCUGAGAGUUGUAGUCAAUGCUCUUGCCGCAAGAUCGGAGGAUAGGAGAACUGAUCUCAGAACCUUUCUUCAAUUGCAGAUCCUCAGAGUCUGUCUCUUUGGCGAAUCGCUCUUUAAUGAGACGAAUGGUGUUCACUUCAUCCAAGCACAACAAAGAGCCUGUCUCGAAUUCAUAACAUGCUCAAAGAUCUACUCUCUCAACUCGCCAAUCGCCAACCUCACCACCCUCGCUUGCAACAUUUACGUCCAACGCGCUGUCCUCAACCCCCCAGCAGAAGAAACCGUCCACAUGAUCGAACAAUUUAAACAGUCCCUGGGUGAAGUGGACGCAUACGUCGAUAUCGUGGGACGACAUCUCCUGGCCUGGCCGUACUUUAUCGUCGCUGCCGAGAGUUCAACAGCGGACCAUCGAGAGUUCUUUUUGGACAAGUUGGUCUCACUGCAUAAUACCACUGGGUGUUGGAAUUUGUUGAGAGCGAUCGAUCAGGUUAAGGAAAUUUGGGCGUCGCAGUCUUCGAUUCGAUGGACGAGUCUGUUGGGUGGACCGACACAGGCCUUCAUAAUGUGA